AUGACUGUUUCCAACACCAGAUCUCUGAUUGCAGGCGCCUCCGUCGAUCACGACGCCACCGAUAAGCCCAAAGCCACCGCCGAGUAUUCAGUGGAGGAGUGCGUGGACAAGGUGUCGGAAUGCCGCGAAAAAUCCCAUGUGUGCAUAAUGGCAGUAAGUGAAGGUUUCUUUGACAAGUGUUUUGUAGGAGUACAGACGGCUAAUGGUGAAGUACUGCUCAGUGACUUGUGGGUUCUGCGGUAAGAGAAAUGCUCGCUUCUGGGAGUUCGAAUCAUUACAUUGUUUUAGCUACCGACUAUGAAGAGGUGAUAGAGGGGAACUACGUGAAUCCGGGGCUGGAAUUCGAAAGGAAGAAGCCUGAACCGCGUGCUGUAGAUACCACUACAUCUACUACCACAACAACAACAACAACAACAACAACUACUACUACUACUACUACUCCUACUACUACUACUACAACAACUACUACUACUACUACUCCUACUACUACUACUACUACUACUACUACUACUACUACUACUACUACUACUACUACUCCUACUACUACUACCAAAACUACCACUCCAAAAGCGCCUACCACGGUGAUAAAACGAAAACACAGGAAACGAACCAGAAAGCCAAAGCCAGAUCCUCUUCCGAAGCCGGCGCUGCAGAUCGACGAGACCUUCAUUCCGGCUGAUUUAUUGCCAGAAAUUCAUGGAUUCCGUCCGAUUAUUCAGGAAGAAGGACACAAAAGGGGAAAGGCAAUCCAUAAAGUCGAAAAAGAAGCCCGAGGCUGCGCGGACAAACGGGCAGAUUGCACACAACGGGCCUAUCUUUGCGCGGAAUUUGUAAGAUUUUGGUUGCUACGGUAG